AUGCCUGAGUCUCCUCUUAGUCCCACAGCAGCCCGUCAAACCCCAGCCAGCAGCCUCCUCAGUCACACGGACGUUGGUGCAGAGCGAGUAGCUAAUGGGGACUCCUGCAGUGGAGUGAGCGGUGAAAACUGGCAGAGUCUUCACCAUAAACAGGUGUUUCUGGCUAUGAUGGCUCCUCAGCAGAUGCAGCAGCUUCUGUCCCCAAACCAGCUGCAGGCUCUGAUCCACCACAAGCAACAAGCUCUUCUGCUUCAGCAGCAACACCUGAAAGAAUUUUACAAGAAGCAACAACAACAGAUUCACCUGCAGCUGCUUCAACAAAAGCCCAGCAAAAAAGUCAAAGAGCUCCCUGCACAGCAGCUCGUGUUCCAGCAGCUCCUCCAGCUUCAGCAGCAGCUCCUCCGGGUGCAGGGACCAGUCCUGUCCUCUCCUGCUCUCUCUCCAGCUGGUCUGAGCCCUGCAGAGAUGCAGCAGGUAUGGAAGGAGCUCGCAAAUGGAAUAACUGAAGAUAAAACCACACCAAAGGGCAAUCAGGACUCUUCAGCUAACGACAUAAUGUCAACAAAGGUCACAGGGAGGCAGAGCGGUGACCAGCAGUCUCCCUCUCCUCGCAGGGCAGAAUGUGCUGUCAAGGCUGAUCGCACUGCCACACAUGCUCUCUACGGUCAUGGUGUUUGUAAUUGGCCCGGAUGCGAGUCGGUGUGUGAAAACUUCAGCCAGUUCAUCAAGCACAUAAGCAGCGAGCACACUCUGGAUGACAGAAGUACAGCGCAGUGCAGAGUCCAGAUGCAGGUGGUUCAGCAACUUGAGCUCCAGCUCUGCAAAGAACGGGAACGUCUCCGAGCGAUGAUGGCUCACCUGCAUCUGCCAUCUUUAGAGUCUCAGUCGAUCUCUGCACCCGCGAGUCUACAGCUGCCACCGUCUGAUACAGCUGCUGACCCACACUGUCUCCAGCUAAGUUCAGUCGCUGCUGCCAACAACAACCUGCCCUCGCUGAGUCCGUCAGACUCACCCCAGGUGUCCCCUCAGCCUCUGGCCCCCAUCAGCACUCCAUGUCAGGGGUGUAAAGAAGAGUCGUCCACUCAUACAUCAUGUCCUGGGGCCAUAAGACAUCGCCAUCAGCCUUUGGUCUACUCAUUGUCUUCAGAAAAUGAAUAUGAGCUUUACAAGAACACCGAUAUCAGACCACCUUUCACUUAUGCAACACUGAUAAGACAGGCUAUUAUGGAAACAUCAGACAUGCAACUAACACUGAACGAGAUAUACAACUGGUUCACACGGACAUUUGCUUAUUUCAGACGCAACGCUGCCACUUGGAAGAACGCAGUGCGCCACAACCUGAGCCUACACAAGUGUUUUGUGCGCGUGGAGAAUGUGAAAGGUGCAGUGUGGACGGUGGAUGAGGUGGAGUACCAGAGGAGGAGAUCCCAGAAGAUCACAGGGAGUCCAUCACUGCUAAAAAAUGUGUCAUCCAGCCUUGACUUUGGGACCGUUCUGAACGCCAGCUUACAGACGGCACUAGCUGAGGCGUCACUGCCGGGAUUCAAGAAGGAGUGUGUUAGCAGAAACUCCCGCAGUCAAAUACAGGAGAACAAUGCAACAAACAGCCACAGUAAACAAAACUUUUCUUCAAGAGUCCAACAGUCUCUGUUCCACAAAGACAAAGCGCUGAAUCUGAAUGACCAAGAAUCUCUGAUGCCAACAGUAAAAAAGGUCAGUCUACAGCAGGACGUGACUGAAGAUGAUGAUGAGCAUUUGUUUGACCUUGAAUGA